UAAUUUUUUCAUAUUUUUCCUAUAGGGCUUUUCUAUUUUGCGACUUGAAAUAUGAAUAUGUUUUUAAGCAACCCGUUUCUUCAAAUGUGCUAUCCGUCCGCAAUAUCGGGACAGAUAAAACCAGAGACACAAGUUCCACCAGGAUUCAUCAAAAACAACCAAACAUCACCUCCAUAUUCUCUGCCGUAUUUAUUCCACUCUUCAUCGACGGAAAGCGACAAAAUGUCGUCAUCAGCCACCGAGUGUUUUUCUCCUGUAUUUACUCGGCGAUCUACGGAUACUUCGUACAAAACGGAAAUGACGUCAGAUGCAAGUUUGUCGCAUCAGUUACCUAGUGAUUUAUGGGCACGAAACUCAUUUUUAUCCCAAUGUAUUCUGCAAAACUCGAAAGAAGCAAACAGCACGGAUUUUUACGACGAUGAUUCGGCAGAAAACCAACAAAAUAAACGACGACGUACAAGAACAAACUUCAGCACUUGGCAGUUAGAAGAGUUGGAAAAAGCUUUCGGAAAUUCUCACUAUCCAGAUGUAUACAUGCGAGAGGCACUGGCACUUCGUCUUGAUCUAGUGGAGUCACGUGUCCAGGUUUGGUUCCAAAACCGACGAGCAAAAUGGAGGAAGCGUGAACACACGAAGAAAGGGCCGGGUCGUCCUCCACAUAAUGCUCAACUCACGUUAUGUUCAGGUGAGCCGAUGGACCCAAGUGAAAUCGAGCGACGAGAAAAAAUGAAACAAGAAAGAAAAAAGCGAAAACAAGAUUGCAAUUGUAAAAGCAGCUUGAAUGAGAAGCAAGGCAGAAAAACAUCAAAUAACCAAGAUUCGAUCUCACCUCACAACGAUUCAUGUAAAGAUAGAAAUAUUAUUCAAAAAACAUGUUGCGACUCACUGAAUGCAAAAAACAACAUUUUGCUUCCGUGGUUGGUAAAUCAACCUCCACAAAGUAUCAAUCAUGAGUUGAAGAUCAGUGAGAAUGAAACCUUAGGUUCGCCCCUUUCAAUCGAAAACGAUAAUCAGAUGACCGACGGACGUAAAGAAAUGUCUGAUGCAAAUCCCAUGACGCCUGGUUCACGAAAUUCCCACUCAAUUGAAAAUAUUCUUUACAAAAACAAAAUCGCAAAACCUCAAUUCUUUAACCACGUGCCAGGUACGAGUGGUACCCUUACGUCACCAAGUAGCAGUUUCGGGAAUUUACCCAUGCAAAGUUCCCCUUUGUUCGCUGAGUUUAUACGGAGAAGCAGCAUAUUCUCACUCUUCCCAAACAUCCCGAAAGAGCUUCAGGAAAGCACAGCUGCAGAUUUAAACAACUAUACGCGACUCUACCAGCAAUACCAAUUACAAUUACGUGUAUUCUCUGACUCGUUUUCCAACGCGCUUAACAAAGGCAAGCAAUGA